CGAAGAAAUUGCUUUAAAACAAUUAAUUCUAUACGAAAUUGCAACUGAUGGUAUUUAAAAAUGAGUGCUAAAAUUUCUAUAAGUAUUGCCGUUUUAGUUUUCUUGAAUGCAGCAACGUCAGCCUUGAUAUGCUACGAUUGUGACGCUGGGAGAGAAUGUGAAGAUCCAGAAUUGUUCAACGUCAGAAGUGUAAAUUGCGAGAAACAGUACCCCAACGAGCUACAGAGUAAUAUUGUUUGUCUCGCUUUGGAUAUAACACUAACAGGAACGCGAGGCUUCAAUAUGUACAAAUCUGGGAUUUACCGAGGAUGCAGGGUAAUUCCUAAGGAAGAAGAGGCAAUUUUCUGUGAUAACUUGAAAACUUCACAUGCUGAUCGCAUGCAAAUAAACUCUUGCGAAUAUUGCAACUCCACUAGAUGCAUUCCGUAGGAGCGGAUCAAACAUAUAAAAAAUUGUAAUACCAAUUACAAAUUAUUUUUCUAUUAUAAAUUAAAAAUAUA